AAAUGCCAACAAAUCUGGGAAGGUGGCUUGGAUCGAGGUGGAAAAGAGAGAAAGGGGAUCUAGGAAGUUUCGUGAUGUGAUUGGUGUUUGUUUUACAUUAGAGAUGAAUGCUUUCCUAAUUCAAAUUUAAUUUGCAAAUAGUCUGCACUGGUACUUGGGUAACAAACAUCUGCCCUUGAGAAUUUCUGAAUUCUUCUAUCAAACAUUGGUGACUGCCAUCAUUUUCAGAGGUUUUGUAAAAAGAUAGUGUAGUCACCUUUCUGGGCAACUGCCGAGGUGUAAUUACUCAUGUCCGUUUUAAAACAAUUUCGUGGUGGUAGUGUACAGAUUCCAGUGUCUGCAGGGGAAGGUGAUCAUGGCUUAUGGCUAGUUAUGGCUUCUUGUGUUUCUGCACGUUACAGACACUGGCGGACUGAGAGAUUGUCGUCUUCGGCCUCCAGUUCUUUGGUAGGACUUGACUUAAACCAUGCCAGAAGAUAGUGUCUAUCCUUAAAGAACUUUUAUCUUACUUUUGUAUAUUAUGAGUUGUCUGGAAAAACAAUGCUUCCUAAUGAAAUUCAAAUUUUUAGAAGUUAUCAAACCUUUCUGUGCAGUUCUACCAGAAAUUCAGAAACCUGAAAGGAAAAUCCAGUUUAGAGAGAAGGUACUAUGGACUGCUAUAACUCUCUUCAUUUUCUUAGUAUGUUGUCAGAUACCACUAUUUGGAAUCAUGUCAUCAGAUUCUGCAGAUCCUUUCUACUGGAUGAGAGUUAUUCUUGCAUCCAACAGAGGAACUUUAAUGGAAUUGGGUAUCUCCCCAAUUGUAACAUCUGGCUUGAUUAUGCAGUUGUUAGCUGGAGCCAAAAUCAUUGAAGUUGGAGAUACACCAAAAGAUAGAGCUCUGUUCAAUGGAGCCCAGAAACUAUUUGGUAUGAUCAUUACCAUUGGGCAAGCCAUUGUGUAUGUCAUGACGGGCAUGUAUGGGGAUCCUGCAGAAAUGGGGGCUGGAAUCUGUCUCCUGAUCAUCAUUCAGUUGUUUGUUGCUGGUUUGAUUGUGCUGCUGUUAGAUGAGCUGCUACAGAAGGGUUACGGCUUGGGGUCUGGUAUUUCCCUCUUUAUUGCCACCAACAUCUGUGAGACCAUUGUCUGGAAGGCCUUUAGUCCCACUACUAUUAACACUGGCAGAGGUACCGAGUUUGAGGGUGCAGUGAUAGCCCUCUUUCAUCUGCUGGCCACCAGGACAGACAAAGUCCGAGCUUUGAGGGAGGCUUUCUAUCGUCAGAACUUACCCAAUCUCAUGAACCUCAUUGCGACCGUCUUUGUGUUUGCUGUGGUUAUCUAUUUUCAGGGAUUUCGUGUCGACUUGCCCAUUAAGUCAGCGCGGUAUCGAGGGCAGUACAGUAGCUACCCCAUCAAGCUCUUCUACACCUCGAACAUUCCCAUCAUUCUUCAGUCGGCCUUAGUGUCAAACCUCUAUGUUAUUUCCCAGAUGCUGUCUGUUCGAUUUAGUGGCAACUUUUUAGUAAAUUUACUAGGACAGUGGGCUGACGUCAGUGGGGGAGGACCGGCUCGUUCUUACCCAGUGGGAGGCCUUUGUUACUAUCUUUCUCCUCCUGAGUCCAUGGGUGCCAUAUUUGAGGAUCCUGUCCAUGUGGUGGUUUAUAUCAUCUUCAUGUUGGGAUCAUGUGCAUUCUUUUCUAAGACGUGGAUAGAGGUGUCUGGUUCCUCAGCCAAAGAUGUAGCUAAACAGCUUAAAGAACAGCAAAUGGUAAUGAGGGGCCACAGAGAUACCUCUAUGGUUCAUGAGCUUAAUAGGCAAAUGUUCAGGAUAGUUGGGUGAUGAAGUCACCUUGGGUCCAGAGUGACAACGCCCAGGAGACAAAUUCAAGGAAUUCUGCUUUGGACUCAACAGGCUAGAAAUGCUCUGCAUUCCUGUACCAAGCAAGCAUUUUGCUGUCCCCUGGGUGCAUAUUUCGUCUGAUGCUCCACACAUAUUUCUGUUGUAAAAUUACAUGUAUUUCUGUUGUGUCAUUAAAACGUUGUCAACAGUGCUGCUUGCAGGUUAUUUUGUGGGCAAACCUAGGAAUUCAAUUGCCAGUAAGGACUUGAGCAGAGAAGCAAAAUUUGAGGCCUCGGCUAAGAAAAGACAACUAUAUGCUAAAGAUAUAAAAAUAACCACUAAAUGAGGAUGAGAGAAAUGUCUGUACAUCUUCACACUGACUUAAACCAUGAAUGGCUAUGCACAACCUGUGUUAAUACUUGUCAAAACCAUGUAUUGAUUGUGAAUCUCAGGCUACAGCACCUUGUGGCAGACACUGAAAGAGAGAUAAUGUCCUUGGUGCUAGGAUUACAGCAGUGGACAGAACAGACAAAGGCCCUUUCCUCGGGGAGCUUACUUGCUGGUGGAGAGAAAGGGAGAAAAAGUGAGGGACAAUAUACAAAAUUUCUGUCCAGUGACUCUACGUUUUUUGGAGAAAGAUUAAGAGGGAUAAGUCGAGUGGAGAAGGUGGGGGUGCUGAUCUAUAUGCAGCAAUGGGGAGAGGCCUCUUUAAUGUGGUGACAUGUGAACAGAGCCUGCAAAGUAAUACAGGAGUAAGCUACGGGGACAUUUAGAUAUUCAGAGACAGUCACUUAGCAUAUUGGCAAUAUAGAGAGAGCAUAAGAAAACAGGCGGCUAUUCCUUCGAAAGUGCCCCAGAUGACAAUCUGUUAGGUAAACUUUUAACUGGCACUGGUUUACUUUAGACAAAUAGUUUACAUUAUUAUAGGCAAUCAAAGCACUAUGCUGACCCAGGUUGGUUACAUCAAAGGCUGGCUACUUGCCUCUGCCUUUGUGCUCUACACCCAGAUAAAAGAACUUGAUCUAGAUUUUUAUUCUAGAUUCCAUUCUAGAUUUCCAUUCCCUUCUAUUAAUAACGUUUACAUAAG